CCGCGGGCGGGGCCCCCCACGGCCUGGGCGGGCGCCCGGACGCUCGUCCUCGAGCGGACCCGGCGCCACGAGGAGUCGCUCCUCUGUGUGCAGGGAGGAGUGGCGAAGGAUAGUUUGUACCCGUGUUCGGGAUCAAGCUCCGGAGUGGGCGCCUUGGCGGUUCCUGCCCCCGUUUCACUGGCUUCUGCAGGUUUAAGGGCAGGGUUCCCGCGUCUGCCGACUCCACGAAGUGCGCCGAAUUACCGAGAACCUUCAGGGUGUGCGGUCUGCUUGAAAGAUGUCGGCCCUCACUACCCUGUUUAAGUAUGUCGAUGAAAAUCAGGAUCGCUACAUUAAGAAACUUGCAGAAUGGGUGGCCAUCCAGAGUGUAUCUGCAUGGCCCGAGAAAAGAGACGAAAUCAAGAGGAUGAUGGAAGUUGCCGCUGCGGAGAUCAAGCAGUUGGGUGGCUCUGUGGAAUUGGUAGAUAUUGGAAAACAGAAGCUCCCUGAUGGCUCUGAGAUACCGCUCCCUCCCAUUUUACUCGGCAAGCUGGGCUCCAACCCGCAGAAGAAGACCGUGUGUAUUUACGGACAUCUGGACGUGCAGCCGGCGGCCCUGGAGGAUGGCUGGGACAGCGAGCCCUUCACCUUGGUGGAACGCGACGGCAAAUUGUAUGGGAGAGGUGCAACCGAUGAUAAGGGGCCAGUGGCCGGCUGGCUGAAUGCCCUGGAAGCCUUCCAGAAGACAAAUCAGGAAAUUCCAGUCAAUGUCCGGUUCUGUCUGGAAGGCAUGGAGGAGUCGGGCUCUGAAGGCUUGGAUGACCUGAUUUUUUCCCGUAAAGACACAUUCUUCAAAGAUGUGGACUACGUCUGCAUUUCUGACAAUUACUGGCUGGGGAAGAAGAAGCCCUGCAUCACAUAUGGUCUCAGGGGCAUUUGCUACUUUUUCAUUGAGGUGGAGUGCAGUGACAAAGACCUCCAUUCUGGCGUGUACGGGGGCUCGGUGCAUGAGGCCAUGACAGAUCUCAUCAUGUUGAUGGGCUCCCUGGUGGACAGGAAGGGAAAGAUCCUCAUCCCUGGCAUCAACGAGGCAGUGGCCCCUGUGACGGAGGACGAGCUGGGCCUCUACGACAAGAUCGACUUUGACCUGGAGGAGUACACCCGGGACGUGGGGGCAGAGACUCUGCUGCACAGCUGCAAGAAAGACAUCCUGAUGCACAGAUGGCGGUACCCGUCCCUCUCCCUCCAUGGGAUUGAAGGCGCCUUUUCUGGGUCGGGGGCCAAGACCGUGAUUCCUAGGAAAGUGGUCGGCAAGUUCUCCAUCAGGCUUGUGCCAAACAUGACUCCAGAAGUUGUCAGCAAGCAGGUCACAAGCUACCUGACGAAGAAAUUUGCUGACCUGCGCAGUCCCAACAAGUUCAAAGUGUACAUGGGCCAUGGUGGGAAGCCCUGGGUGUCUGACUUCAACCACCCACAUUACAUGGCUGGGAGAAGAGCCUUGAAAACAGUGUUUGGUGUCGAGCCUGACUUGACCAGGGAAGGCGGCAGUAUUCCUGUGACUUUGACCUUUCAGGAGGCUACUGGGAAGAAUGUCAUGCUACUGCCUGUGGGCUCAGCAGAUGAUGGUGCCCACUCCCAGAAUGAAAAGCUCAACAGGCUCAACUACAUAGAAGGAACGAAAAUGCUGGCUGCGUACCUGUAUGAAGUGUCUCGGCUGUAGAAGGGAGAGGCGCCCCUGGCCCUGGAGUCCCGCCCCUGUCCUCGCUCUGUCCCCGCCGCUCAGGAAAGCGCAGCGUGUCUCUCUCUCCUCGCCCUCUUGUCUGGCACGGCCUGAGUAACCGCCAGGUUCUUGGAGGUGGUCAGCGUGAGGUCUGCAGAGAAUAGCCGGGCUCUAAAAGCACACGCUCCGUAGGAGGUUCUGGUUGCCAUCCAUCGGGGCCGCACACAGCUCUUGGUGCUUUGCUGUCCCGUCUCUGCCUCCUGACAAUGGCCCGCGUGCUCUCGGAAGAUUCAGUCAGGGGCACCUGAUGCCUCGAGGGGCCACCCCUUCUGAUCCUUCACCCUCGUGUGGCUUCUGUCCUUGUCUCAAGCCCCGAAACCAGUACUGGUGUCUCCUGUCUUCUCUUUAUUGUGAUUCCUCAAAACCUAAACCUAACCGGAAGGAUUAUUUGUUCUCAGUAUGUGUUGCCAAAUAAAAAAGUAAAAAUGAA